AUGACGACUUCAACGACUAGCAUGACCCCCAACGCAUCUUCUCUCAACCUCCCCCCCACUCCUCGUUCCGCCACCACCCUUCACAUUUCUCCGGUCGAGUCGACAACGUCUAUCCCGGAAUGCCCACAACCACAGCCGUCCCUCAGGCUCCUCUUCUCCCUCCUUACUCGUCGCGACUUCUUCGUCCUCAUCCUCCCGGCCAUCCUCACCUCCGUCUUCGCCGGCGGUGUCGCGCCUUUCAUGACCUAUGUCAUCGGCCGCUCCUUUGACUCCUUUGCUGCUUUUCCCACUGGUCCGAACCCCUCCGACGACGCCAAGCACCAGCUUCUCCACGGUGUAGGCCUCGCAGCCAUCGAGCUGGUUGGUCUUGCGGUGGCUGCUCUUGCCAUCAGCAGCGUAACGUCAAGUCUCUGGAUAUGGACUGGUGAGCGGAAUCUGGUUGCUGUUCGCAAGCGGAUAUACGCCGCAGUGACUCGCAAGGAUAUGGUCUGGUUCGACACCAAGAUGGGUUCAGAGGAGUCUGUGCAGGCCGUCGAGGGAGACGGCCCGAUCGGCGCUGGUGGCAUGAUGGCGAACUUUGCUCGGGAAACCGACGAGGUUCGCAUGGCCUCCUCCCUCGCUGCAGGGAUGGUCACCCAGUACACCACUACCUUCAUCACGAGCCUCAUCCUCGCGUUCGUCUGGUCUUGGUCCCUCACCCUGGUCAUCCUCUCGGCCGUCCCGGUCCUCAUGAUCAUUCAGGCGCUCUCUCAGGGCUUUGUAGGACCCCGUCUCGCAUCCGAACGCGUUCACAGCGCGUCGGCUGCUACCUUGAUCGACCGUGCGGUUGCGGCCAUCGCGACUGUCAAGGCUUUCAACGCGGAGGUUCACGAACAAGAGCAGCUGGACGACAUGGUCGAGAAGAUUCGGAGCGCAGCCGUCAAGUGCCAUGCUGUGUGGGGUCUCAGCUCUGGGGCGUCGCAAUUCGUGAUGAUGGCCAUGUUCGUGCAAGCGUUCUGGUUCGGCGCCAAGCUCGUGCGCGACGGUUCCAUCUCCCCCGGCACGGUCAUGUCCGUAUUCUGGGCGUGCCUCAUUGCGACGAGCAACCUCCAGAUGUGCAUCCCGCAGCUGAUCGUGCUUACCAAGGGCAAGUUCUCCAUGGUCGCACUCCUGACCCUCGCGCAGUCCCAAUCGCAGGAGCCCGUUCCCUAUGGCGCGUCCAUGCUCUCGCCAAUUGCGAAGUCUCGUCGCCCGUCGAUGUUCAGGAAGAUCCGGCCCCCUCACUGCCGUGGGCACUUCGAACUCUCCGAAGUCACGUUCGCGUACCCCUCGCGCCCGACCAUGCCCGUCCUCCAGGACAUCUCGAUCUUCCUUCCCCCUGGCGAGAUGUCCUUCAUAGUCGGUGGCUCGGGCUCGGGCAAGUCAACGCUUGCUCAGCUUCUCCUGCGCAUGUACACUCCCCGCGCUGGCUCGAUCUUCCUCGACGACCAGGAGCUGUGCUACCUCGACGAGGAGUACACCCGUACUCACAUCGCGGCGGUGUCGCAGAACUGCAUCCUGUUCGACAUGAGUGUACACGACAAUAUUGCGAUGGGCCUCGCCGGACCUGGGAACGUCCGGAAGCCUCAGGACGUGACACGCGAGGAGGUGAUGAAGGUCUGCCGCGCGGCGCUCAUGCACGAGUUCGUGCGGGACCUCCCCGACGGGUAUGAAACCCAGCUCGGUACCAAUGGCGCGAACCUGUCUGGCGGACAGAAGCAGCGACUCGCUAUUGCACGCGCAUUGUUGCGCAACCCCACGGUCCUUAUUCUGGAUGAGGCGACGUCCGCGCUGGACGCGACCUCCCGCAUCCUCGUAUUCGAGGCGAUCAAGCGCUGGCGCCGCAACAUGACGACGAUUGUCAUUACCCACGACCUCUCGCAGAUCGAGUCUGACGACUUUGUGCAUGUCCUCAAGGACGGCUGGAUGGUCGAGCAGGGUUUCCGGCACGAGCUCGAGGGCUUCGAGAGCGAGUUCCGCCGUAUGGCGCGUACUCAGACGGCGGAGGGUGGCUUCAAGGAGAAGGAGGUGCUCGACGAAGCGACCGAAGACGUCCCGAUCGAAGCUAUCCUCGAACGCCAGGACGAGGAGAAGCAGGAGGAGCUGGAAGCGGUCGGUCUGAGUUCACGCGCCCUCAAGCACCACAGCCUGGCACCCUCCACAUUCCGUCCUCUCACCUUCGGCCACUGGAUGCUCGACGCCAUCGCAGAGCUGACGCAGGAGGAGCCCUCAACACCCGUAGCAACUCGCCGACAAACACAGCACCGUAUCAGCCGCUUCGUACCCGCGGACGCGUUCCCUCAGGUCGCGCCCAAUGACACGGAGAUCAAGAGGAUCCGGCGCAAGACGCUGCACAUCGACAUCCCUUCAGUCAGUGUUCCUGCCCCCUUGGCGACGGCGGCGAGCAACAGGCGGAGCCUGCAGUUCACGCCAUCCAGUCCCACUCUAUGCUACCACCCCUCUCCGAAGCAGUGGCCUCAGAGCAUGAUCGAGGACGACGACAGCUUCGACGCCGAGAAGGCAGCUUUGGAGCGUAGUGCGACCUCGGCAAAUCAGCGCCGUUCCCGCGAACAGCGGCGAGUGAGGCGCAGUGUCCCGCUCUCCACGGUUGUAGUGGUCAAGCCGGAAGCUCCCACUUCUGAAGACGCGCCCGCGCAGGACGCGGAGGUGCCGCUCUUCAGGCUCAUCCGCGACAUCUUCCCCACCAUCCCGAACAAGUUCAUCCUCUUCCUUGGGCUGUGCAUCUGCCUCGCGAGCGGGGCGAUGACGCCUAUCUUCUCCUUCCUGCUUUCCCAACUCUUCUUCCAAGUCUCCAACGGCGCACGCGACGUGUCUAUCAUCAACGAAUACGGUGGCAUCGUCCUUGCGGUCGCCGCCGCGGACGGCAUUCUCAUGGGGCUCAAGGUGCUCGUGAUGGAGAACGUCGCGGUCAACUGGGUGACGCGCAUCCGUCGUAUGUGCUUCGGGCGAGUUCUCGCCCAGGACAAGAAGUUCUUCGACAAGAGCGAGAACAGCCCCUCCAGCCUCGUCCAGGUCUUGAUCAAGGACGGCGAUGACGCGCGCACGCUCAUCGCGAGUGUGCUUUGCCAGGGCCUUGUUGUUAUCGCAAUGCUUGGUGUCGGCCUCAUUUGGGCGCUCGUGCGCGGCUGGCAACUUACCCUCGUCGGCUUUGCGAUCGCUCCCGUCUUCGCGGUGACGAUGGCGCUCCAGUCUAACCUCGUCGCCAAGUGCGAGGUGAGGAACAAACGCGCGCGCGAGGAGGUUGCGAAGCAGUACUACGAUGCAAUCUCCAAUGUCCGUGCGAUCCGCUCCAUGGGUUUCGAGGAUGCGUUCCGCGACCGGUUUGACGUCGCCGUUGAGUCGGCACUUACCACCGGCGUGCGCGGCGCGUUCGUCGAGGGAUGCACAUACGGCGUUGCCAGUGCCCUCAUUUACCUCGCGGAGGCGCUCCUGUUCUACGUCGGCGCUGUCCUCAUCGCCAACGGCACCUACUCGUACCUGCAGAUGAUCCAGACUCUCCAGCUGGUCGUCUUCUCCGUGUCCAUCGGGUCCCAGCUCAUGGCUUUCACUCACCGCAUCGCCAAGUCUCUCCGUGCCACCCGCGACUUCCACCGGCUCUUGAACCUCUCCACUCUCACCGACGAAUCUCGGGGCGUCCUCCACCCCAAGAUCGGCGGCGCUGUCUCUUUCAGCAACGUCUCCUUCUCCUACCCCGAACGCCCCGAUGUUCCCGUUCUCAAGGACCUCUCCGUCGAGAUCGCCGAGAAUGAGUGUGUCGCCAUCGUUGGCUCAUCCGGAUGCGGCAAGUCCACCAUGGCUGCACUGCUCCAGCGCCUGUACGAGCCCGCGACCGGUUGCAUCAGCGUUGGCCCUCAUGCCAUUCGCUCCACCGAGGUUCACCACUUGCGCGACCACGUCUCCGUCGUCAGCCAGCAGCCCAACCUCUUCGACGCAUCAAUAGCGGAGAACAUCGCAUAUGGCAACAAGUCGCUGUCGCUGUACGACAUCCAGCGCGCGGCGAUGGCGGCGAACGUCCACGACUUCGUCCAGUCGCUACCCAAGGGCUACGACACGCCCGUGGGCGAGAACGCGUCGCUCAUCUCCGGUGGACAAGCGCAACGCCUGCAGAUCGCGCGGGCGCUCGCACGGCCCGCACGCAUCCUGAUCCUGGAUGAGUGCACGUCCGCGCUGGACGGCGCGAACCAGGCGGCGGUGAUGGAGACGCUCCGGCACGCGAAGCAGGGGCGGACCACGCUGGUCGUGACGCACAAGCUGCAGAUGAUGCGCAUGUGCGACCGCAUCCUUGUCGUGCACGACGGCGUCGUCGCGGAGCAGGGCACGUACGAGCAGCUCAUGGAGCGACGCGGCGUGUUUGCGCAGCUCGCGAGCGGCGGCGAGUGGAUGAGCGACUGAGCUCUUCCUCUCUUCCUUUUCCUUUACAUCUCUUUUUCUCUCUCAUCUUUCUUCCACUCUUUGGAUACUGUAGCAUUGGAUAUCUCCCUCCACAUUAUCACCCUCACCACACUCACCGACCUCACGACCCCUGUUACCAGAUAGCGAAGUAUAACUGGCCGUACUACUAGUACCUUCGACCUUCGAAUUACUCCUGACGCGUUUACGGCUGCAACGAUUACCCCCCUCACUGUAACAUUAUCACCUCAUUAGCACUUACGUACCCUGUAUCCAUCCGCAUGUGAUAGAGUCUUCAUGGACCGAAUGAAUUGACG